GUGAGCGGUGUAGUUAACAAUACUGGCCAUAGCGUUGUCUUCACAGUGGACGAAGAAAACGAAGAUCCCACUUUAAACGGGGCGGUGGGCGGCAUGGGCGGCGUACCGGGAAGCCUCAACGUGGGUGGCAGUCUCGGGCGUGUUAUGGGCGGCGAUGGUAUGGGCGUGCAUGGUCAAGAGGAGAUGGGCGGUAUUUACUCACACAGAGGAAGGCAUCACAAGAACCCGCCUUUAAAUAUUACUGGUGGACCUCUGUCUUAUAGAUACAGGGUUGGUCAAGUCCAGCUUCACUUCGGCUCGCAGGACUACAUGGGUUCUGAACAUACGGUCAACGGCACGGCCUUCCCAGCUGAGAUACAGAUCUAUGGCUACAAUUCUCAGCUGUUCCACAAUUUCUCCGAUGCUGUGUCCAGAGCUCACGGCAUCGUAGCCAUAUGCAUCAUGAUCCAGAAAAUCCCCCCAACUUCCAUCGCCCAGCAUGGCCUCCUGGGCGCUGAACACCCCCCAGCACCAUCCCCUCGGCAUAGCUCCUGGGCUGAGAACACCCCCAGCACCAUCCCCGCCCAGCAUGGCUCUGAGGCACAUCCCCCCCAGCACCGUCCCUGCCCAGCAGCAUCACAGGCACCCCCCAGCACCAUCCCCUUGCCAGCAUCCUGGGCCAUGAGCCCCCAGCACCAUCCCGGCAUGGCCUCCUGGGCCUUGAACACCCCCAGCACAUCGCCCAGCAUGUCCUGGGCGCAGAACACCCCCAGCACCAUCCCGCCCAGCAUGGUCUGGGCAUGA